AUGGGUGAAACAGACGACGUCACUCACAAGAAGCGCAAGCUGCAGGACGGUCCUGAGCUUGAAAUUGAUAUCGAUGCACCUGAACCAGUUUCGAAAAAGGCGCUGCGCAAAGCGAAAAAGAACAAGGGAGGCAAUGGCGAUGAUGAUGAAAACUCCGAGUCCAAGUCCAAGUCCAAGUCCAGCAAACCUGAAACCCAAGAGGCCGAGACUCAAGCGGCUACAGGCAAGCGGUCCGAAUACGGUAUUUGGAUUGGAAAUCUGUCGUUCACAGUGUCCAAGGAAGAUCUGCGCAUGUUCUUAGUAGCAAACUCCGAUAUUUCCGAGUCUGCAAUCACUCGAAUUCACCUUCCUAGUGGCCCGGAGAAAUUUGGGAGGCCGCAGAACAGGGGUUUUGCUUACGUCGACUUCGCCAACAAGAAGUCCCUGCAAGAAGCAAUUGGGCUCAGCGAGCAGCUCAUGACCGGCCGUCGUGUACUCAUCAAAGAUGCAAAGAGCUUUGAGGGUCGUCCUUCGAAGUCUGAGAGAGAAGACAAUGCCGCUGGCACCGCUGCGAAAUCUGGCCACCCUCCAUCCAAGCGACUCUUCGUCGGCAACCUGAGCUUUGAUGUCACCAAGGAAAACUUAGAGGAAAAUUUCAGCAAAUGCGGAACGGUCACCAACGUGCAUAUGGCGACUUUCCAGGACACAGGAAAAUGCAAGGGAUACGCUUGGGUGGAGUUUGAAGAGCUUGCCGCCGCUGAAGCAGCGGUGAGAGGAUUUAUGUUGGUGAAGGAAGACGAUGGCGAGGACGAUGAUCCUUCUGACAGCGAUUCUGAUUCGGCCUCCGAAAAGAAGUCGAAAAAGCUCAAGCCCAAAAUGCGAAGGGUCUGGGUAAACCAGCUCAUGGGUCGUCGUAUGCGCAUGGAGUUUGCUGAAGAUGCGUCAACACGAUACAAAAAGCGCUUUGGAAAGGAUGCUCCAAAGGAUGGACCCGCUAUCACCGAAGCAGGCGAAUCAAAGGAGAAACCCCGUUACAAGAAGAGAACCGACAUUGACGAGUCUCGUUACUCCAAGGAAACCGUGCAGAAGCUCAGUGGUGGCAUUGUCGAGUCCCAAGGCCAGAAGGUUACAUUUGACUAG